AUGGAAACAAAUAACCAGACGUGGGUGAAUGAAUUCAUUCUUCUGGGGCUGUCUAGUGACUGGGGGAUUCAAGUUUUGUUCUUUGUCCUGUUUCUUUCCAUGUACCUUUUGACUGUAUUGGGAAACUUUCUUAUAAUUCUCCUAAUCAGAUUGGACACUCGCCUCCACACCCCUAUGUACUUCUUUCUUACCAAUCUCUCCCUUGUUGAUGUCUCUUAUGCCACCAGCAUUGUGCCUCAGCUGUUGACCCACUUCUUGCAAGAGCAGAAAUCAAUUCCUUAUGUGAGUUGUGCAGCACAGUUAUUUUUCUCCCUAGCAAUGGGUGGGACUGAAUUCGUGUUGUUGGCAGUAAUGUCUUAUGACCGCUAUGUGGCAGUGUGUGAUCCGCUGCGCUACUCAGCCAUAAUGCAUGGAGGGUUAUGUGCCAGGCUGAUGGCUGCCUCUUGGGUUGGUGGUUCCCUCAACUCUGUCCUGCAUACAGUUUUUACCUUCCAAUUGCCUAUGUGCACAAACAAUGUCAUUGACCACAUAGCAUGUGAAAUUUUAGCCUUGGUUAGGCUUGCCUGUGUGGAUACUUCCUCCAACGAAGUUGCAAUUACUGUUUCCAGCAUUAUUCUGCUCAUGACCCCAUUCUGCCUUGUUCUGCUGUCCUAUAUCCAGAUCAUCACCACUAUCCUGAAGAUCCAGUCCACAGAGGGAAGGAAGAAAGCAUUUCAUACUUGUGCCUCUCACCUAACAGUCGUCGCUUUGUGCUAUGGAAUGGCAAUCUUCAUUUACAUUCAGCCUCAUUCAAGCCCCAAUAUUCUUCAGGAGAAGAUGAUCACACUGUUCUAUGCCCUUUUAACACCAAUGCUGAAUCCUAUGAUUUAUAGUCUGAGGAAUAAGGAGGUAAAGGGAGCCUGGCAGAAAUUGCUAGGACAGUUCUCUGAAUUAAAGUCAAAGCUGGCCUCUUCAUGA